AUGUCAGGUCCUCUUGAUCGCUUCGCUCGUCCAUGUUUUGAAGGUUUCUCUGGUCAUCAUGAUGAAAGAAGGGAGCGGAAAUCGGAUUUUGAGAAUUCCGAAGACGAUAGGCGAACCAGAAUUGGGAGUUUGAAAAAGAAAGCGAUUAAUGCUUCGAGUAAGUUUAGACAUUCUCUUAGGAAGAAGAGUCGGAGAAAGAAUGCGAGUCGGAGUAAUUCGCUUGCGAUUGAGGAUGUUCGAGAUGUUAAGGAGCUGCAAGCUGUGGAUGCUUUUCGACAUUCGCUUAUUUUGGAGAAUUUGUUGCCUCCGAGACAUGAUGAUUAUCAUACGUUGUUGAGAUUCUUGAAAGCAAGAAAGUUUGACGUCGAGAAGGCAAAGCACAUGUGGGCUAACAUGAUCCAAUGGAGGAGAGAGUAUGGUACCGAUACAAUUAUGGAGGAUUUUGAGUUUAGUGAGUUUAACGAAGUCCUACAAUACUAUCCACACGGUUAUCAUGGUGUUGAUAAGGAAGGAAGACCUAUUUAUAUCGAGAGGCUAGGUAAAGUUGAUCCCAAUAAGCUUAUGCAAGUAACUACCAUGGAAAGGUAUUUAAAAUACCAUGUACAGGGUUUUGAGAAAACGUUUGCUGUUAAGUUUCCUGCUUGUUCUAUUGCUGCAAAGAGACACAUAGAUUCAAGCACCACCAUUUUGGAUGUUCACGGCGUGGGUUUCAAAAACUUCACAAAGACUGCACGGGAACUCAUCAUGCGGCUGCAGAAAAUUGAUGGUGACUACUAUCCCGAAACAUUAUGCCGAAUGUUCAUAAUCAAUGCUGGACCUGGUUUCAAGCUUCUUUGGAACACAGUGAAAACAUUUAUUGAUCCCAAAACUAGUUCAAAGAUAAAUGUUCUUGGAAACAAAUUCCAGAAUAAGUUAUUUGAAAUUAUUGAUGUCAGUGAGCUGCCAGAGUUUCUUGGUGGUAGUUGUACUUGUGCAGAUCAAGGUGGUUGUAUGAGGUCAGAUAAAGGACCAUGGCAAGACCCAAACGUUAUGAAGAUGGUUCUAAAUGGGGAAAUACAAUGUUCUAGACAAAUAGUAACUGUUACUAAUGAUGAGGGGAGAGUAAUUGAAUGUGAUAAAGUGUCUUAUCCAAUGAUAAGAAGUAGUGAUACAUCAACAGCAGAAUCAGGAUCUGAAGUUGAAGAUAUCACUUCCCCCAAAGCAAGUGGGAAUUAUACAAACCCUAGAUUGACUCCUGUCCAUGAAGAAGCAAGGUUGGCUGGUAGGGCUGGUCUUUCUUACGGUUUCUCUGAGUAUGAUGAGUAUGUGCCCAUGGUUGACAAGACUGUUGAUGUUGCCUGGAAGGAGAAACAAGUGACAACUUAUAACUCAUAUGGCACAACAGAAAAAUAUCUAUCGAGGACUGGAGCAUCAGAUGGAAAGCGUACAUAUAUAUGGGCUAUUAUCAUUGGCUUCUUUGUUGCCAUUUUUACCUUUGCUCGUUCAAUAAAAUUUCGUAGGACUAAAGGAAUAAAAGACAACGAAUCCGACUGUCUCCAAAAUAUGCCUAACUUGUUGGUUAGUGCCGAACCAAUAACCAAGGAGGAAUCUCGUCCCCCAUCACCUGCUCACAGAUCAACAGAGGAAGAACAUGCCUCGUCUACUUUGAAACGCCUUUGUGUUCUUGAAGAAAAGGUUGAAAUGCUGCAGUCAAAACCUAAUGUAAUGCCAUGUGAAAAAGAGGAGCUUCUGAAUGCUGCUGUUUAUCGUGUGGAUGCAUUGGAAGCUGAAUUGAUCACUACAAAGAAGGCUUUAUACGAAGCUUUGAUUAGACAAGAAGAACUAAUGGCAUACAUCGACAGUCAGGAAAGAAGAAAAUUCGAGAAAAAGAAAUUUUGCUGGUGA